AUGCCUCCCCACCAGGGGUGUCAGAGGCCGGGGUCGGGCUGGUCCCACGACUCCCCACCAGGGGCGUCAGAGGCCGGGCUCGGGCUGGUCCCACGACUCCCCACCAGGGGCAUCAGAGGCCCGGGUCGGGCUGGUCCCACGUCUCCCCACCAGGGACGUCAGAGGCGGUGGUCGGGCUGGUCCCACGACUCCCCACCAGGGGCGUCAGAGGCCGGGGUCGGACUGGUCCCACGACUCCCCACCAGGAGCAUCAGAGGCCCGGGUCGGGCUGGUCCCACGACUCCUCACCAGGGACGUCAGAGGCGGUGGCUUGGCUGGUCCCACGACUCCCCACCAGGGUCGUCAGAGGCGGGGGUCGGACUGGUCCCACGUCUCCCCACCAGGGACGUCAGAGGCGGGGGUCGGACUGGUCCCACGUCUCCCCACCAGGGACGUCAGAGGCGGGGGUCGGGCUGGUCCCACGACUCCCCACCAGGGGCGUCAGAGGCCGGGGUCGGGCUGGUCCCACGACUCCCCACCAGGGGCGUCAGAGGCGGGGGUCGGACUGGUCCCACGUCUCCCCACCAGGGACGUCAGAGGCGGGGGUCGGGCUGGUCCCACGACUCCCCACCAGGGGCGUCAGAGGCCGGGGUCGGGCUGGUCCCACGACUCCCCACCAGGGGCGUCAGAGGCGGGGGUCGGACUGGUCCCACGUCUCCCCACCAGGGACGUCAGAGGCGGGGGUCGGGCUGGUCCCACGACUCCCCACCAGGGGCGUCAGAGGCCGGGGUCGGGCUGGUCCCACGACUCCCCACCAGGGGCGUCAGAGGCGGGGGUCGGACUGGUCCCACGUCUCCCCACCAGGGACGUCAGAGGCGGGGGUCGGGCUGGUCCCACGACUCCCCACCAGGGACGUCAGAGGCGGGGGUCGGACUGGUCCCACGUCUCCCCACCAGGGACGUCAGAGGCGGGGGUCGGACUGGUCCCACGUCUCCCCACCAGGGACGUCAGAGGCGGGGGUCGGGCUGGUCCCACGACUCCCCACCAGGGACGUCAGAGGCGGGGGUCGGACUGGUCCCACGUCUCCCCACCAGGGACGUCAGAGGCGGGGGUCGGACUGGUCCCACGUCUCCCCACCAGGGACGUCAGAGGCGGGGGUCGGACUGGUCCCACGACUCCCCACCAGGGGCGUCAGAGGCGGGGGUCGGACUGGUCCCACGUCUCCCCACCAGGGACGUCAGAGGCGGGGGUCGGGCUGGUCCCACGUCUCCCCACCAGGGACGUCAGAGGCGGGGGUCGGACUGGUCCCACGUCUCCCCACCAGGGAUGUCAGAGGCGGGGGUCGGGCUGGUCCCACGUCUCCCCACCAGGGACGUCAGAGGCGGGGGUCGGACUGGUCCCACGUCUCCCCACCAGGUGCGUCAGAAACGGGGGCCGGGCUGGUUCCACGACUCCCCACCAGGGGCGUCAGAGGCGGGGGUCGGACUGGUCCCACGUCUCCCCACCAGGGACGUCAGAGGCGGGGGUCGGACUGGUCCCAAGUCUCCCCACCAGGGACGUCAGAGGCGGGGGUCGGACUGGUCCCACGCCUCCCCACUAGGGACGUCAGAGGCGGGGGUCGGGCUGGUUCCACGACUCCCCACCAGGGGCGUCAGAGGCGGGGGUCGGACUGGUCCCACGUCUCCCCACCAGGGACGUCAGAGGCGGGGGUCGGGCUGGUUCCACGACACCCCACCAGGGGCGUCAGAGGCGGGGGUCGGACUGGUCCCACGACUCCCCACCAGGGGCGUCAGAGGCGGGGGUCGGGCUGGUCCCACGUCUCCCCACCAGGGACGUCAGAGGCGGGGGUCGGGCUGGUUCCACGACUCCCCACCAGGGACGUCAGAGGCGGGGGUCGGGCUGGUCCCACGACUCCCCACCAGGGGCGUCAGAGGCGGGGGUCGGACUGGUCCCACGUCUCCCCACCAGGGACGUCAGAGGCGGGGGUCGGACUGGUCCCACGCCUCCCCACCAGGGACGUCAGAGGCGGGGGUCGGACUGGUCCCACGGACGUUAGAGGCUGGGGUCGGGCUGGUCCCUCGUCUCCCCACCAGGGGCGUCAGAGGCGGGGGUCGGACUGGUCCCACGUCUCCCCACCAGGGACGUCAGAGGCGGGGGUCGGGCUGGUUCCACGUCUCCCCACCAGGGGCGUCAGAGGCCGGGGUCGGGCUGGUCCCACGUCUCCCCACCAGGGACAUCAGAGGCGGGGGUCGGGCUGGUUCCACGACUCCCCACCAGGGGCGUCAGAGGCCGGGGUCGGGCUGGUCCCACGCCUCCCCACUAGGGACGUCAGAGGCGGGUGUCGGGCUGGUCCCACGCCUCCCCACUAGGGACGUCAGAGGCGGGGGUCGGGCUGGUCCCACGACUCCCCACCAGGGGCGUCAGAGGCCGGGGUCGGGCUGGUCCCACGACUCCCCACCAGGGACGUCAGAGGCGGGGGUCGGGCUGGUCCCACGCCUCCCCACCAGGGACGUCAGAGGCGGGGGUCGGGCUGGUCCCACGACUCCCCACCAGGGGCGUCAGAGGCCGGGGUCGGGCUGGUCCCACGCCUCCCCACCAGGGACGUCAGAGGCGGGGGUCGGGCUGUCCCACGACUCCCCACCAGGGGCGUCAGAGGCGGGGGUCGGGCUGGUCCCACGCCUCCCCACCAGGGACGUCAGAGGCGGGGGUCGGGCUGGUCCCACGACUCCCCACCAGGGGCGUCAGAGGCCGGGGUCGGGCUGGUCCCACGCCUCCCCACCAGGGACGUCAGAGGCGGGGGUCGGGCUGGUCCCACGACUCCCCACCAGGGGCGUCAGAGGCGGGGGUCGGGCUGGUCCCACGACUCCCCACCAGGGACGUCAGAGGCGGGGGUCGGGUUGGUCCCACGCCUCCCCACCAGGGACGUCAGAGGCGGGGGUCGGACUGGUCCCACGUCUCCCCACCAGGGACGUUAGAGGCGGGGGUCGGUCUGGUCCCACGUCUCCCCACCAGGGACGUUAG